CAGCUUCCGGUUCAUGGGGUCAUGUUUUGAGUACAGAAGAAGCUAUGUUUAAAGGCUAGCUAAGUUGCUAACGAGCGUAGACACUCACCAAGCGAGUCUAGGAGACGACAUAAACGUGUCACCUUUCGGAGUAGUGGAGAUUUUGCUAGGCAACGUUAGUUUACUUACAUUGUUAAACAAUCUAGCUUAAAAAGAAACUCGGACCUGCGCUGAGUGAGUGUGUUGUUAGUUGAGCAGACAUGGUAGGCUGGAGAUAAGCGAUUACAGUUUCGGAGGGGAGACGCCUACCGAUGAAUGAAUAUAAAGACCCACCAAGGAGGCAGCAGCAGACAAAGGGGCUCGAAGGAGAAACACCAGCACAAUCAAGGACCCGAUCACGGUCCGGACCAGACACGAUGGGUGCUACGAUGGGACCGGUGCUACAUUGGAUGCAGGAUGUUGCAGCUGUGACUCUCCUCAAAGCCCGGCGGACACUAUUUCAGGCUGCCAUCCUCUUCUGUGCUCUGUUCCUGCUACUUUGGGUGUCCAUCUUUCUUUAUGGAAGCUUCUACUACUCAUACAUGCCCACUGUGAGCUUCUCCACCCCUGUGCACUUCUACUACACUUCUGAUUGUGAUCCUUCAGAGUCCACACUCUGUUCAUUCCCCAUGGCCAACAUCUCCUUCAUGAAGAACGAGAAGGACCAAGUGAUGGCUAACGGUCAGCCUUAUCGGGUGUCUUUAGAGUUAGAGAUGCCAGAGUCUCCUGUGAACGAACACUUAGGAAUGUUCAUGGUCAAGAUGUCUUGCUACGCCAAGGGUGGGAAGAUUGUCUCAUCAGUGGGUCGAUCUACAAUGCUGCAUUACCGCUCCAGCCUUCUGCAGAGCCUGGGCACUUUACUGUUCUCCCCUUUCCUUCUGACUGGCAUGACUGAGCAGAAGCAGCUCAUAGAGGUCGAGCUCUUCUCAGACUACAAGACAAAUGCUUAUCAACCCUCUGUCGGUGCAGUCAUUGAGAUCCAGUCCAAACGAGUGCAGAUCUACUCAUCUCAACUCCGUAUCCAUGCUUUCUUCACUGGUAUAAGAUAUGUUCUGUACAACUUCCCCCUGACAUCUGCAGUCAUUGGCGUGGCCACCAACUGUGCCUUCCUUAGUGCCAUUGUGCUGUUCAGCUACCUGCAGUUUAUCUGGGGUGGGAUCUGGCCUCCAGAGCAAGUUAGAGUCAGGGUUAUGAUGGGAGACAACACCCGCAUCCAGCAGAGGAGAGAGGAGGCUCGGAAGCGCAUGGAGAAGGAACAUUCACAGAAGGAACUCUGUUCUCCCCAAGUGAUUGGUUCUGUGAAUGAGGCCUCUGAUUUUCAGGGAAAUGACACAGUGGUGGAAGCAUCGCCAAAAGAACCCCCAGAAAUCCCAGGAAACCCAGAUGCCUCAGGGUCUGAUGUUCCGGACACCAAGGAGAAAGAGUCAGAGGAAGGGUCUCAUGACUCUAAGGUGUCUGAGGAAGAAGACAGCUCAGAUGGGUUGGAGGGAUGUCAGCUGCCUCCACAGGGUGAGACCACCCUGCGACAGAGACCUGGACCAUGGAUGAGCCUGUAACCAACACCGCUGGAGACAACUUAAGCACCAAUAGUAUAUGCUCCAUGUUGCAUCACUCUUCUGCAAACCCACUGAUGAGUCGGCAUAGAUGCAGAUGCAUGAUAAAUUAAUACCUGUGUUGUUAUAGCUAACAAAUGAAUGCUUAUUGUCUUGUGUUGAGAAUUCUUUACCUCAUUGCAACUUUGAGUUCUUUUAAAUUCUUUCUGCUUAUGUGUACAGCACUUCUAAAGUCCUAUGUUUUUCAUGAAGCAUCUUUCUUUUCAUGAAGCCUAUAGCAGGAGAUACCACAUUCCAUUGUCCCUUGUAAUGCCUACAGGAAUGUGGCAUUACUAUUUAGUUGUUACACAAAUAUUUUAAUUACAUUUGAAUUUAAAGUCAGUUGAACCUGCCCAAGUUUUACUGCUUCAAUGUCUGAACGCACUGUAUUACCAGGUCAAACAUCCGUAGACUGGGUUGUAAUGUAGCUGCAGCGUACUUGAAAGGCACGUUUAAGUUUGGUGAUUGAAUGAAAGAAUGUUGCACACCCUUUUGGAGUAUCUAGACAAACCAAGCCUUGUGAUACUUUUUCACAGAGGCUCUCUCAGACCAAUUAGAUUUAGAAAAUGAUCCCAUAAAGUGUUUUUCUUUUAAUAUCUUCCUUUGAAAAUGUGUGCAAUGGGUCCGGGCUGAGGUAGAUAAAGAACAUGUUUUGAUUCAAUAUAUAUUUUAAGCUUGGUGUUCAAAAUGUCAUCAUCAUUACUGUGUUUACAGUAUAUGUUACAGUGCAGUUUAAACCUUGCAAUUCAUGGUUGGGGAAAUGGUAAUUAUUUAUAUGGAUCUUUUAAAUAAUAUAUAUCUGUCAAUUAACCAUGUUUUUAUUUAACAUUAAGGAACAGCAUGUAAAUUAACUUUUUUGAAAUACUGGUUGUUAGAGCGAAUAAAGUGAAGGUGAUGCAAGAAUUUUUGGAUUAUAGCUCAGCCUCCAUGUGUGAAACCUACACUUAAGGGGAGUAUAUGGUUUAAGCAAAUGUAUUUGAGAGUUUGAGUUAAGUUAUGUUUACACAGGAUUUUGAACCAAAGAUAUUGUAAAAUAUGAUAUACUCAUUGUAAGUCAAUUUGGAUUGUGUCAUGAAGAAUAUCCUUGCAAAUUACCUAAAGUUAUAAUGUCUCUACGUGCUUGUGUUGAAUAAUCAACAAUUAACUUUCUUGAUUGUCUCUUGUUUAUGUUUGGGUGACAUCCCUGUCAAACAAUAAAGCCGCUUCAAAAUA